AUGUCUUUGUUCUUGUCUUCUCUACUAGCUGUCAAUGCUCAAGGAUUCAUUGCAAUUGACAUAUGGUUCGCGAACACAGCAGGUCAAAAAAUGGGUCAGGCCGUCGCAAUUCUAUCGGGAGGCGACCGGGCCGUGUUCUACCGGUGCAGGAUAAGAGGGAACCAAGACACAUUUCUUGUGCAAGCCGGCCGCCAGUUCUUUCGAGAAUGCCAAAUUCUCGGCACUAUCGACUUCAUCUUUGGCUAUGGCACUGCAGUGUUCCAAAAAUGCAACAUUUACAUCAGGAAAAACCUAGUUGGUGGCACCAACGUCAUCGCUGCCCAGGGUCGUGGCUCCCCAACGUCAUCGCAUACCUCGGUCGGAAUUGGGACACUUGUGCCCGGACAGUGUGCAGCGCUUCGAGGCCGGGUGAAGUGGCCUGGUUAUCAUAAGUUGAGCGCAUUACAAGCUUAUAAAUUUACAGUUGCUAAGUUUAUUGAUGGGAAUUCAUGGCUACCUUCUAUUGGUAAAAGGUGGAGCAUUCUAAGAACAACUUCAUUUUUCGACAUUAGAACACAAGUAAGAAUCAUCAAUGCUUGUUGUGUUUUAUACAACUUCAUACGGAUUGAGAAGCACAAUGAUCCUUUGUUAGAAGCUGAAGAGUUUCACAUAUUGGAUUUAGUUGAUCGUGAGUUGGCGAUGAGGCCUAUAGAAAUCAAUGAAGAGGAGUUUAAAACUAUUAAAGCUACUAAUGAGUGGAUUGCAUUUCGUGAUCGACAGGCGAUGGAUAUGUUUGUUGAUUAUCGAAGGUAUCGAGUUCAACAAGUGCAUCAAGAACAAAGAGAGGUGGAAAAUAUGCCAUAG